CCAGUUUUCCGAACUACUUCCAUUGGUUUACAUUUUGCCAGCCAGCGUGUAUUUGUCACAAAAUCCGGAGAAAACCGAGCAAAAACUGAAAAUAAUCAGUAAAAUAAUGGAAAAGCAGAGAAGGUUCACAAAGUGAUUACAUUUGCGUGCUCAAGUGUAAAUUGAAGAAACGCGUGCUGUGGUUGCUUUUAAAUUUUUCGCAGCCCGAAGAAAGGCCAAAAAUCAAUAGGCGUGUUAAAUUUGUAAACACGGCAAGCCCUCGGACCAGCCUCUUUCGGUUUCUUGGCCACUCCAACCCCCAAGCCCCAAUCCCCCCGUGAACUUCAGACCGCCAGCUGCCCGAAGAGAAAGGGCCCAGUCGUGAUCGAAAAACCGCAAAAAUAACCAUUAGCCAUCGAAAUGAUUGCCAACUUGGCGUUGCCCUUCCUGCUGAUGAUCGCGGAAGCAGCAGCCACCGCGGAGCAGGUGGAGUACCUGGAGUACCUGCAAUCUUCGCCGGCGCAGCACCGACUCAGCAAGCGCAUGGAUCUGGAGGUGUGCAUAGGUCACUUCGACGUGCAUAAGAACACCAUAAUCCGGACGGGCGAGUCCCAGGCGAUUGGAGGCAAGUACCUGCAGGGCAUCGAGUUGGACACCAUCGAGGAGUGCGAAAGGCUGUGCUGCGAGACGGACGCCUGCGAUGUGUACAUCUUCGAGCGGAAGGCGGGUGGCUAUUGCUACCUCUUCGAGUGCGGUCCUCCGGAGGAUUUCCGCUGCAAGUUCACCAGGCACGCCAACUACACGAGUGCCGUGCUGAAUCCCCAGCCCAAGCCCGUCGGCGAGUUGGUGACCACUCCGCGUCCGCAGUUGCCCCACAUACCCAGCAACAAUGUGUCGCAGCAGGAAUGGGAGCUGAGCAACCUGAAGCUGAAGCCGGAAGCGCGCGACAAGCCCACAGUUUCCACCGCCGCUGUGGUGGCUCCCACAUCGGGAACGGGUGUGGGUCUGGCUCUGGGAGUGGGCCAGUCGCCAGUAUACCAAGCUCAAGGUGUUCCCACUGCGCAUUGUGGACGCUUCCAGUUCACCUGCCACUCCGGCGAGUGCAUCGCGGUCUACAACGCCUGCGAUGGAAUACCCCAGUGCGAGGAUGGGAGCGACGAGGGACCGGAAUGCAACACCGUGCUGUCGACGGCCACAAAACCGGGCACUACCGGCAGCAAUUUGGAGCCCAUGGUGAAGCCCAUGGGGCAGCAGUAUGUGCCCGUGCAGAACGUGCAACAGCCGCAGCAGGUCGUGGCCCAGCAGAUACAGCAGCAGCAACAGCAGCAGCAACAACAGCAACAGCCGCAGCAGCAACCACAGCACAUCAUUGUUUUGGGUCCACCACCGCCACCGCCGUCUCCACCGCCCAUGGUGAACAAUCGGGAAGAUGCCGCCGCCUGGGCCAACCGCAAGAUGAUUGCCGAAGGGCAGCAGCAGCAGCCACUGCCACAGCAGCAACUGCAACAGCAGCAGCAACUGCAACAGCAACAGCAACAGCAACAGCAGCAGCAACAGUCAUCGCAGCCAAAGGCGGAGAUCAUAAGCACGGAUGCGCAGAGCCACAUAUUCAGCCACAAAGGCGGCCUCCAGCUGCAGCAGCCGGCGAACGGACCGGGGCCACAGCCUCAGCCCCUCCAGGUUCCGGGUCAGAUGGUGGGGGCAGCGCAGGUUCAGGUUCAGGGGCAAUCUCCGCCGAUCCAACUGCCCGGCUAUGAGGCCAAUCAGGCUGUGUAUGGGAUGUCACGCUCCGGAAUCUACAUGCCACAGCAGCAGGUCCAGCUCCAGGCUCCAGCUGGCCAGCAGCAGGGGCAAGCGGGUGUGGUGUGGCCGCAACAGGCUCCAUUGGCACCGCAGCAACAGGCGCCGGUGCAGCAGCCACAGUCACUGAUGCCGCAGCCAUCUGGUCAUGUCUAUGCUGCUGCUCCGGCCAUCCAAUCUCCGGCAGCUGCGCAGCACGUCAUGUUGCCCGUCCUGAAUGCAGCGCCGGCAUCCGGAAAAAAUCAGGGCUCUGCGGCAGAUGGGGACUACGAUGAUUACGACGAGGACACAUACACAGAGGCACCAAAAAAGAAGCAGCACAAGCACAAGAAGGUCAAGACGAAGACGACCAAGGAUCCCAUUGAACUAGCCCUGGAGCAAAAUAAGCUACAGUCGGAUGGAUCACUUCCAGCCCUGCCCGUUCCCGCUUCUCCAGUCCACGAGCAGUACAAGAUGAUCCACGACAACCUGGCGAUGGAGUUCCGCGAUCACGACGGUCACUCGGAGCGCCCUGGUGGGGCAGUCCUCUCGCUGACCCUGGGUCUGCUGGUGACCGCUGCUCUGGCCAUUCUCAUCGGUUGCAGGAUGCGGACGGUGACCCGGAGGGCACGACGACUGGGCGGCAAGACGCCCUACUCGCAGGAGGCGGACUUCCUGGUGAACGGCAUGUAUCUCUAAGCCGGAUGCCUGCGGAUUAGGUUGGGGGCUUGCCAAGAUUCGUUGUGUUGUUCCGCGUGUGUAAUA